CGCUCCCCGCCCUGUGAGGGCGGUGCGCUCUUGACGGCGUCAGCCCGUCGCGGCUCCACCGGCACUUCUGAACGGCUCCCGGCGAGACGGGCCGUGGCGGGGCGGGCUCCCUCGCCAGGAGCACCAGGCAGGUUUUGGCGGCCGCUGGAUGGGAACCCUUCCCCGCCGGGCACGGCGGUGCUCGCGCCCCGGCCGGCUGCUGGAAGGAGGACGGCAGAACAUGUUACCGGUAGGGUGGUUCUGCAGGGACUGACAUGCUGCUGAAGGACAGAAAGCGCCAGCCCCUCCGCCUCUCCCCGCGGUAGUGAAGGCGAUGCUGCAGGGCGCUCCUCAGGCUCUCCCGCAAGCGCCGGGCUAUCGCCCACAGCGGCCGCGCUCGCUGCCUUGAGAAGCGCGGUCCCGGCCGGCCGAGGCAACGAGUGGCGUGGGUCCGCAGCCCCCCUGGGUGGCGGCGGGAGAAGGUGCUGCCCGCGCCCGCGGAGCUCCGCGCGGCGGGCGGCUCCGCGCGGCGGAUGCGUGUGCAUGAGCGCUGCACCGAGCGGGCGCAGAAAGCGCCCCCGCUCCGCCGCCUCCAUCUUCCAGGGCAUCAAGACCUCGCCGCACGGCCGCGACAGCGAGCGCCGGGGUAGCGACUCCGAUAGCGCCUACCAGACCCAAAGAGUCCUGGAUGACUGCAAGAUGCUUGUCCAGGAGUUCAAUACACAAGUGGCUCUAUAUCGGGAGCUCGUAAUUUCCAUUGGGGAUGUCUCAGUCACCUGUCCAUCACUGCAUGCAGAAAUGCACAAAACUCGAACCCAAGGAUGUGAGAUGGCCUAUCAGGCUCAUCAAAAGUUAGCAGCAAUUUCUGGCCCUGAAGAUGGUGAAAUUCAUCCUGAAAUCUGUAGACUCUACAUCCAGUUGCAAUGCUGCUUAGAAAUGUACACGACAGAAAUGCUUAAGUCCAUAUGUCUGCUAGGAUCCCUGCAGUUUCAUCGGAAAGGAAAGGAGCCUUGUGCCCCACCCAAGAUCCUAGAUACAAAAGUGGAAGAGAGUUCUGAAGUACCUAUUCUAGAAGACACAUCAUCAUCACCAACAGAUACUCAACAGCAUUUAUGGCAGGUUUCCACAGAUAUUGAAAACACUGAAAGAGAUAUGAGAGAAAUGAAAAACCUUUUAAGUAAACUCAGGGAGACUAUGCCUUUACCACUAAAAAAUCAAGAUGAUAGCAGCCUCCUAAAUUUGACUCCCUAUCCAUUGGUAAGAAGGCGAAAGCGAAGAUUCUUUGGACUGUGUUGCCUUGUCUCAAGUUAGAAGAGUAAACACAGAAGCGCCAAGAAAAUCGUUACUCUGAUUGAACCGCUGCUACUUGACCACAGAAAAGAAACAUUGCUACUCUUUACUAUAAAAUGCAUUUUCAUUUUCUACACUCUCUCUUGCUUUUUUUCUCUUCUGCUCCAUCCCACUUUCCAAAAUAAGGAUUUUAAUAGUUUAAAGUUAAUGGUGAUAAAAAACUAGCAGUGGAAUAGAUCUAGCAUAUUUAAGAAUGUUUUUUAAACUUUUUAAACUAUGUUUUGCAUGCUCAUUUUCAACCACUCAUAGACAACACACUCAAAUCAUGGUUAAUAGAUUUUAAAAAAAAAAAAUUUAUUGUUUGAACUGCAGUUAAAAGUUUGUGCAUAGUACAGUACUCUUGCUAGUGUAUUACAACACUUGGUCAUAAUCUAACAGUCAUUAAGCAUAGAAAACUACUUAACAGCAGAAGCAUUAAAGUUACAAAACAUUUAAACAGUAUCGUAACAGAAUUUGCACAAAAUCUACUGUUGCUUUUUGUGCUCUCAUUCAUAUUUAGUCUUCCACUAUAUUUCAGUUUAAAAGCUUCGUAGAAAAUUACCUUAAUUUGUGAUACACAAACCAUGUAUUGAAACACUAGGAGCUUGUAAAUAAAGAGACAUCAUACUAUCUACACACUGUACAAUGCAUAACUUAUUUCCUUUUAAGCUACAAGACCUUAAGCUCUAGAGGCACUUAGAAAAAAAAAUAAGUAAUUUAUUAAGAGAAGAUGUAUUAAAAUAAACAAUGUAAAACACACCACCAACCCAGUUUGUUUCCAAUAGAAGUCAAAGCAUGGUGUCUGCAUAUCACUAAGUAUUAACUCUUACUGGGCAUGACAGAAUUAUCUGAGACUGUAAGAUACUAAAUGUUUUACAUUGUUAAUAAAGUUUUUUAUUUAACUUAAA